UGGAUGUACCUGGGAACAAGGUCCGUUUUGUUUCGCUCUCUAUUUGUUCAAGCUUUUAAAGGCGUUUAGUGUCGCUAGAGUAUAUUUCAACGCGAUCUUCACCUAUUCUUUAACGUUCAACUUACAGGUUUUCUGCUGUUAUCUUUUCUUUUUCGUCACCUCUUCUUUUGGACAUGGUCAGUGGACGUCGUCUUAACGUCUCUAUCAAGGGUGUGCGAGCAGUGGGGCGUACUCCGGCCAAAGCAAGAACUAGCAGCAGUAAUUUAGCUGACCCAACUAUACCAUGCACCGUUAACUUAACGGACAUCUUUUCCUUGAGUUCUCAAAUAGCCGAUCUUCAAAAUGAAGUGGUGAAGCUCAAAAGGGUCCUCAACACAUUAGAACCUUUUACUGACAGACUGACAGCCAUAGCAGCUAUGAUGCAACCCAAGGACCUCAUGGAAUCAAAGCAUGCGGAAUUGGCUGGAAGGUUCAUUAAUACGAUUUGCACCGAGGUAAUGGAUCGACUAAAAUGUCUUAAUGAGGUAGUGAUUUAUAAUGUUCCAGACCGCCUGCAUCUGCAAGCCAUUCGUAAAAUACUGAUGAAAGUGUGUGGCUUGGAACACAAUCUUCUAAGCUGCACGAGGCUGAGAAAAAAGGUUAUGAAAAACCAAUGCCCUCUCUUAGUCAAGUUCGAUAACGAGAGCUCGGCUCUUAAGUUUCUCUCCUAUCAAGGGGAAUUUAGGACCCGCACCACGUUUCUUGACUUAAAGUUAGUACCAGCGAGAACGGCAUUGCAACGACGUUACGACAGGCUAACCGAGAGUUCUGCACAUAGCAGAUGUGUUCAGGCCAAUUGUGACAACUCUCCGAUGCCAGUGCACCUAAGUGACUCAGGUACUGUGGACCUUGACAUUUCGUCUGAUAUGGAUACUGGAUCGCUUGAUUGCUUGGAAGAACCUGCAAACCCUGGGACCAGUGCUAUCCGUAAAGUCACAUCAUACAUAGAGCAAAUCAGCCAGCCCGCGAAUAAUAUAAGAAAACCCUCGAUUUACACUAAGUGUUCAGCUACUAAUACAAGUCGAUCAGUCAAACCGGAAGGGCCAAUGGCUGCCGAACCUCUAAGGCAAUCUUUAAACAACUCAGUUAAACCGAUGUUAGCAAAAGGCGACGACGAUCGAAGCGAGCUUAGCAUAACCAACACUCAGCGAACAGAGCCGCCAACGCCUCGAGCUAAAAGGCCUCGUAUACGGACCACACCACCGAGUUCACCUGAGCCGCUGGGCUCAACGCCACCAGCUUUGAAAAUAAGAAAAGCGGAGACGCUAGCACCAUACAACGCUGCGUGCGGGAAUGGAUUGUGCAGCGCUCUAGUGUUCAAUGUUCCCGACGACAUAUCGGUGGAAACAUUUAGGCGUGCAAUCAUUGCAGUUAAUGGCAUUGCAGAGAAUGCCUUGCAGGUUCAAAGAUUGACUAAGCGUGUAACCCAAUUUGCGGGUCCCAUCAAACUGAACGCAAAGGAUGAGGAAGUAUUGCAUACUCUCAUAGCUAACCGUGAACAGCUUCGCAGUGCAACAAUGCUAAGCCAGCUUACAUUCGGGCCGCUGAAAAGAAGCUUAGGUUGGGCUGCGACUAAUCCUAACAUCAUUGCAGGCUAUAGGCAACGCGAGCUUGGCGCAUCCAAAAAGAGACAACGAGCUACACCUAACCGCUUAGACAGCAUUGUGUCUAACACUACGAAGGAUCCCAAUGUCAAACGGGCUUGCGGAGCAAACUCACCUAUUCACUCACCGACGACGGCUAUGUCACCCACACAAGCCUUAAUUAGCGCAAGAUCAGUAGACAAACAGUCGCAGCAGCCGGGUUGGGACAAUGCGUUGUUUAGCGUACUUGUAUUUAAUGUUCCGGAUGGCGUAUCGACGGGCGAGCUUCAGAGCACAAUCCUUAAAGUUAACGGUAUCGCGGAAAACUCGGUACACGUUGAGAGGAUGGUCAAAAGAAUCAGUAAAUUCCCAGCCCCAGUCAAAUUGACAGUAGACGAUAGUAGAAUCCUGCGCACUGUAAUAUUGAAUUGUGAACAACUUCGCAAUGCUCUCAAGUUAAGGCAACUUUAUUUUGGCCCACCACGAGGGACACUACCCAACCAUACCCCAGAUACUUGUGAGACGGCAUCGCGUACCACCACCGUUACCAAUUCACCCACGGAGAGCACUGCAUGUGAUAAUUUACGCAGCUCCGAUCAACUACCUGCGCAUCCAGGCUGUUAUGUACCUGCUACAUCCCUCAGACUUUCGCCGCCGGUCCAGAUAAAAUGGCCAAAUAGUCCACUACUUCCUACCCCGCAACCUGCGCAUUUUUUAGGCCAGGUGGGGAUGAGCCGCGACAGUUUCAUCCCGACACCAAACUCCUCGUCGCCCAACUACCAACUGCAAUGCCUUCUCACCCACUUCUUACAACUACUGCAGAUAGCGAAGUAAGCAUCAACGGCUUCAUCUCGUCAUGCGUAAAUCUAAUAGACCCCAAGUGUUCUUUCUCACUUCUACUUAUAAAUGCUAGGUCCCUAAACAAUAAAAUGCAUAUCUUGCGUCCGUUGUCUGUCCUCGCCGACCCUGAUGCAAUAUUUGUCACGGAAACAUGGUUUUCCCCUUAUGCUUCAGAGGAGGACUACUCACUUCCUGACUACCAGCAGUUUAUGCAGUCGCGUACGCACAAACGAGGGGGCGGGUGCGCCAUUUAUGUUAAAAAUACUUACCCAGCAAAAAUGUCCGAAAUGAUGAACGCUGCUGAGGCGAUGGAUUCAGUAUGGAUAACGGCUGAUAUCCUGGGAUCCACGAUAUUAUUUGGGUGUGCUUAUAGACCACCUGAUACCUCAGCUAAGGGUGACAAGGCACUUAUGGAUGCUUUUGCGCAAGCGUCAACUUUUCCCUGCGAUUACAAGCUCGUUGCAGGAGAUUUCAACCUACCUGAGUUAAACUGGUUCUCACCUGCUGCAACAACGAAGUAUGCUGCCCUACAAGCAUGCAUCAAUUUAGGCGGCUGGACGCAACAUGUAUCUGCUCCAACCAGGGAGGAACACAUCCUUGACCUAAUAUUUACUCUCAGCAUCCCAUCAACGCGAGUGGCAGUCGGCCGGGAAUUCCCGGGUAGUGAUCACAGAUUAGUGCAUUGCUCGGUUUACUUAAAGCCACAUACUGCCCACCCAACAGAACCAGGUGCAGUCUUAGUAUACCGCCCGAUGCACCUCGUCAACUGGACAACCUUUGCUGUGCUCGUCCGAUCAAAUAAUUGGGAUGAUUUCUUUAUGUCUGAUUCAGUGGAUCGCUCGGCUGAGCUGUUUUAUGAGGAAAUACUCCACUGUCUCGACUCUCUAGCUCCCGUGUCGCAUCUAAUAAGGCAUUCUUCUAAAAGUAUGACCCAAACCAAAAUGCAUAACAGAAUGCGUCAGCUUAGACGAUCCUAUUACAAAACCUUCAAUUUUGCUCACAUCAUGAGAGCGAACGAGAUGGCAUACCAGUUUUCUGCCAGAGCUAAGCAGCAGAAAACCAAGCAAGAAAUCGCCGCACUAAAUAGUGCGAACAAAGCUAAGAGUCUCAGUUGGCUGCUGCGCUCUCGAACCUCUAACUUUGGACGAAAGUUCUCUACUCUAAAGAUCAGUCCCAACGAAACGUCUAGUGACCCAAGAAUUUUAUGUGAAGCCUUCAGCUCACAUUUUAAAGAAUCUCAGUGUUUGGAAAUAAGCUCAACCUUUCAGGCCAUGAAGGUACCCGGUAGCCAGUCCCUGUCCUUUGUACAGUUUGACCUAAGUAGUGUCCGUUCCGCGAUCUCAACUACCAAGCCAUCCUGGGACCCUGGUCCAGACGGAAUCCCGCCCAGUCUACUUAAGAAUGGUGGUGAAGAUAUCCCUCUGCUUCUUCUGAAAAUCUUUACGUUAUCAAUGCAAAAAGGUCAAUGCCCGGCCGCAUGGAAACAUUCUAUCAUAGUGCCAAGACAUAAGGGCGGAAGCCUACAGGAAGUUGGUAACUAUCGCCCCAUUAACCACACUUCCAUUAUCUCGCGCGUGAUGGAGAAGUUGAUUAAAAAAGCCCUCAUGACUCAUCUUUACGCAGGCGAGCACAUAAAUGAAUCUCAGCACGGGUUUCUAAGUGCUCG